AUGGCUGCCUUGCUGAUGCCCCGCAGGAGCAAAGGGGUGCGCACGCGCCUGGGGUGCCUGUCCCACAAGUCGGACUCCUGCAGCGACUUCACGGCCAUCCUUCCCGACAAGCCCAGCCGCGCUCUCAAGAGACUGUCCACGGAAGAGGCGGCGAGGUGGGCGGACUCGUUCGACGUGCUCCUGGCGCACAAGUAUGGAGUGGCCGCCUUCCGCGCCUUCCUCAAGACGGAGUUCAGCGAGGAGAACCUGGAGUUCUGGCUGGCCUGCGAGGACUUCAAGAAGACGCGGUCGGCGGCCAAGCUGGCCUCCAGGGCCCACAGGAUCUUCGAGGAGUUUGUGGACGUGCAGGCCCCACGGGAGGUGAACAUCGACUUCCAGACCCGCGAGGCCACGAGGAAGAACAUGCAGGAUCCCUCGCUCACCUGCUUCGACCAAGCCCAGGGCAAGGUGCGCAGCCUCAUGGAGAAGGACUCCUACCCCCGGUUCCUGAGGUCCCAGCUGUACUUGGACUUGCUGUCCCAGAGCCAGAGGAGGCUCAGCUAG